UGAGCUUGAGCACAGGAAAACCCCAACCUUCUGAUGUGCGAUAGGUGAGAGAACACGACUGAAAGAAUGGACUUCUUACAGGAAAUGUGCAUGGCUUUGUUGCAGGCAAAACGCAGCACUCAUUGUCACUGGCUCUUCAUCAGUAGGCACUCCUCAGAGCUGCCAGCUACCCCGAGACAACAUGGAAAGCACCACGAUGUUCCCAAACACCACAGAGUAUGACUACGACUACUCCACGGACUCCUCCAUCACGCCCUGCAGCCUGGACCCAGCGGAGACGCUGGGGGUGUCCUUCCGCCCGGCGCUGCUGUGGGCCGUGUGCGUGGUGGGCGUGCUGGGCAACGGCCUGGUGCUGUGGGUGCUGGCGCGCCACCGCGUUCGCACCAUGGCCGACGUGUGCCUGCUCAACCUGGCGCUGGCCGACCUCCUGCUCGCCCUGCUGCUGCCCCUCUGGACCCGCACGGGCGCGGGCACGGACGAGAGCACGAGCGUGGGCACGGACGAGAGCACGGGCGCGGGCACGGAGGUGGCGAACGCCGCCUUCUGCAAGUUCACGGCGGGCAUGUACCAGCUGGGCUUCACCAGCGGGCUGCUCUUCGUGACGCUGAUGAGCCUGGACCGCUACCUGGCCAUCGUGCACGCCGUGGCGUCCUCGGCCGUGCGCAAGCUGCGCUACAGCGUGCUGGUCAGCGGCGCGGCGUGGGCGGCGGCCGUCGCGCUGGCCGCGGUCAAGGCCCUCUUCACCGUCAGCGAGGAGGGCAAGUGCCUGGUGCGCUACCCCACGCCCGCGCGCCGGCUGGCGCACAACCUGGCGGAGGUGGGCGUGUGCCUGGGCGUGUGCCUGCCCGUGCUCACCUUCUGCUACGUGCGCAUCCUGGUGGUGGUGCGGCAGCAGCGGAGCUCCCGGAGGAGCCGCGCCGUGCGGCUCAUCUUCGCCAUCGUGGCGGUCUUCUCCGUCUUCUGGGUGCCCUACUACGCGGUGGUGCUGCUGCAGACGCUGCACCGAGACCUGGGGCUGUGGAGCUGGUGCCAGAUGUCCCAGCACCUGGCGCUGGCGCUGGAGGUGACGGAGACCGUCACGCUCACGCACUGCUGCGUCAACCCCGUCAUCUACGCCUUCGUGGGCGAGAAGUUCAAGAAGGGCUUGGCCCAGGCGUGGGCCAGGCGCCCUCUCUGUGCGAAGCUGUGUCCUCAGGCUUACUCGGUCACACACACUUACUCCAAACCUUCAGACAACGACACCUCCAACACAGGGGUGUCUUCAGCACGCUUGGAUUAAACUUAGAAAAGGACUCUGUUUGAUUAACAAACAUACUGUAUAUACUGUAAGUGAGUGAGUGUGUAUAUGUAUAAGAAUGUUUAUUCAGAUGUAUAUAAUAAAUGUAUAUAAUAAA